UCAGCCUAUUCUCUCCCUGCACGCUCAACACGAUUCAUCUCAUCAUUGCUUCAAGAUAAAAAAAUAGCCAUGCACGCUGCAUGGCAAAGGCCACUGUGUGAGGAUUUAUUCUGGAAAAAUCAAGGACACAUUCAGGGUGAGCGAUGGGGGAUUGGUCCAUUCUCGGUCGCUUCCUGUCCGAGGUCCAGAACCACUCCACAGUGAUCGGGAAGAUCUGGCUCACCAUGCUGCUUAUCUUCCGCAUCCUGCUGGUGGCGCUGGUGGGCGACGCCGUGUACAGCGAUGAGCAGUCCAAGUUCACCUGUAACACCCAGCAGCCCGGCUGUAACAACGUGUGCUACGACACCUUCGCCCCUGUGUCUCACCUGAGGUUCUGGGUGUUCCAGAUCGUGCUGGUGUCCACGCCGUCCAUCUUUUACAUCGUGUUCGUCCUUCAUAAGAUCGCCAAGGACGAGAAGCUGGGCGAGCAGAAGCCUCAGGUGUUGACUCAGAGAGCAUCCAGACAGAGGCGGGAGAGGAGCAUGGAGAAGGAGGGGGUGGAGUCUCUGAGAGUGGGCGUGCCUACAUACUGUCCUCACUACAGGGAGGACUGGGACCCCCGGGACAGGGAGGGGGAGGGCCAGAGGUACCUGGAGGAGGAUUAUGGCGAGGUCGGGGAGGACCCCACCCGUCAGUCCAACCAGAUCCUGCUCAUCUACAUCCUGCAUGUGCUGCUGCGCUCCGUCAUGGAGAUCACCUUCCUGAUUGGUCAGUACUUCCUGUUUGGGUUCGAGGUGCCUCACCUGUACCGCUGCGAGACCUACCCCUGCCCCACCCGGACGGACUGCUUCGUGUCCAGGGCCACAGAGAAGACCAUCUUUUUAAACUUCAUGUUCAGCAUCAGCCUGGGCUGCUUCGUGCUCAACAUGGCCGAGCUGCACUACCUCGGCUGGGUCUACAUCUUCAGGAUCCUAUGCUCCGCCUGCUCCACCUGCUGCGGUCAGGACAGGGACACCAUCCGCCUGUACUCCCACCACAACCCCCUCCUCCUGCAGCUGCGACACUCUCUGAGGGGACAGCUCGUCCUGCAGACCCCGUCCGCCAUGGUCCCCGAGAAGAGCGGGGGUCUGCUCGCACACGGCCCGGCCAUCUCCUUCGAGACCGACUCGACCGUCGAGUGCACGUCCAAGAGGAGUCCAGAGAGCAGGGACAAGGUCAAGGUGAAGCUGGCCAACAUGGCCCGCAUGGGACGGACUAAGAAGUCCUGGCUCUGAGAGAGACCACUUUAGAUCCGCGCAAAGACGACUGUCAUGCUUUAACAUGGACAUUAAUAUUAAAAAGAAUGACCUUUAAAACUGCUGACACAUCACUUUAUAUCUGAGACAAAGAGAACUGUAACGCUUCACAUGGACAUUAAUUUUAUGAAUAUAUAGACAGCAGGAGAAUCUGUUUCUUUAGCUGUGUCCUAAAUCAGUUCAGUAUACUUACUUACUUUAAAGUACACAGACAGCAGAGCAGUAAAGAGAAGUUGAAGGAUUUCUUUCUCACAACUUUCACCUCUUACACAAUCAAGACUCAGGCAAAGUGUCAGUGUUGAUUUCAUCAAAACUUUUGAUUAUUACUUCUGCUAAAAAAUGUAUAAAUCGUGCAAACAAAUGUCAUAAGUAACUUAAAUGACGUAGGAAA